AUGAAUUUCUCAGAGGAGUACUUGGAUGAUUAUUAUGACAUGUUCAUUCAAACUGAUCAUUCAGAGCAGGUAAAUCAGUCCAUACGGGUGGUGUCCAUGGUCCUCUACAGCAUAACCUGUGUCCUCGGUAUCCCAGGCAAUGCCUUUGUCAUCUGGAUAGCUGGAGUGAAGAUGAAGAGGACAGUUAAAACCGUCUGGUUUGUAAACCUGGCUGUAGCAGACCUCCUCUGCUGUAUCUCCAUACCCUUCUCAUUGGCUGAAAUCAUACUGAACCAACACUGGCCAUUCGGAGAGGCUAUGUGUAAGGUUAUCCCCUCUGUCAUGUACCUCAACAUGUUUGCCAGCAUCUUCACCCUGGUUCUCAUCAGCCUGGACCGCUUUGUCCUGAUCAUCCUGCCUGUCUGGUCCCAGAACCACCGGAGCAUCGCCCUGGCCUGGUUGCUGUGUGGUCUGGCCUGGGUCCUGGCCCUGCUCCUCAGCCUCCCCACCAUGAUCCAUAAUGGGACCAUCGAUGUUAGUGACGACAACGAAGAAAUUAUGUGCACCUCUAUAUACCCCCUUGGCGAAAACAAAAUUAGGGGCAUCUUUUUGGCCAUCAAAGCCACCCAUGUCCCCAGGCUGGUCCUCGGCUUCCUCGUUCCCCUGUUGGUUAUCGCUGUCUGUUACCUGCUCAUCGGCAGGAGGGUGAGCAGCGGUCGCUUCAAGUCUCAGAGGACCUUCUGGAUCAUUCUGGCUGUGGUGGCAGCAUUCUUUGUGUGCUGGCUGCCGUAUCACAUCAUAGGUAUGGUGAUUGGGUAUGGUAGGUUUGCCUCGGCAGGUGAAGCCUGGAAUUGGUACCCUGUGGUCAUCUCUCUGGCCUAUGUCAACAGCUGCCUCAAUCCUAUCCUGUACGUGUUCAUGGGCCAGGACUUCAAGGAGAGGGUCAGGAUCUCUUUCCGUAAAGUAUUUGAGAAUGUCUUCAGUGAGGAUGCCACAACACACACAUCUGUGUCUCAGGUCUGAGUCCGAAAUGUCUGAUAACUCUCCUGGGUCGUAUUCAUAAACUUAGGUUAUAGGGGACGUGUUGCCUUUAUCUUAAUGAAUUCCUACGCUGGUACUUGAUCACAAAACAUUGUGACUUGUUGAGUCACUAAAUGAGAAUGAUCUGGAUGGUAUGCAUUAAAAAAUAUAUUUUACAAGCAACAAAGUAAUAAUGCAUUGUGAGGUCAAUGCCUGAUAGUAAUAUUGAUUGCAUUGAUUUUGAAUUCAAUUUGAUGACUUUGAAUCGACAUGGAAAACCGUCUGUGCCCUGUGGUUGUAAUGUUGCUUGCAUUGCUUUUGAGGUUUUUGUAAAGCUGUUGUUGUUGUCUUAUAUUUUGUUACAUGUAUGUUGUGUAGAAAAUGGAAGUGGGAGCCAGUAUCUAGAUUACUCUGAUCAAGACAUUCCAGGAAACAAAACAAAAAGGUUAUCACAUUUACAAAAAUAAACAGUCUAAAGAUCAACUGGUCCUGGCUGGUUGGCAUAGAAGUUCUCCACAAAGCCACAUAGCAGUACUAUAGAGCAAUGAUAAGCAUCAGACUAACCCCAUAUGAUGAUAAACUUGACUAACUCCAUAUUAUGUUUUUAUUACAGUCCCUUGCUUAAAGAAGAGCUGGUUACAUUUUGGAUUACUUUAUAUAAUAUGAGGAUAACAACUGUAUAAAAAUUAGCAUUAUUCAAGCAUUAUUAUAAAUCUUUUCAUUAUUCAAGUGUGCAAUAUUAUGUGCAAUAUGGUUUAGAUGAGAAGCUCCUGAAUAGUUUGAAUAGCUAGCCUGCUUCUGUUUGUCUAUGUACUGUGGCAUCCACAAAGGGGAUUUGGGGCUCAAUGCUGUAGUGGUUUGUAUAGUCAAUACUCUGUAAUGUUAAUCUGUACCAUCCUCAAUCAUCUCUGUUACAUAUUUGAUCAAAUAAAUAGAUCAUAUUUUGAUCAGUAGCUUUCUCUUUGGGUAUAGAUAAUGUAUGAUGUCACACUUCAGAAAGCGUCACAUGAUGAUGCUGUAUAGCAGAGGAUGUUUAUUCUAAUUCAGUCAUUUGUUCAUCACAUCUAACUGGAAGGAAGAAAAAACUAACAGCAUGGUCUUGCCUAGAUUAAUCUAAAAUAAAUGUUAAAAUAGACACCCUAAAUGCAUUGACAUUCUGUAAAUUCAAAACACACUUCACUCUUAAAACAUUUCAUCAAACUGAUGAUUAAUAGAUGUUCAGUCUUAGUGAGGAUGUGUUCCACUCUGAGGCAUGUGAGAAUAUAACCACUCAUUUGAAUAGAUCAGAAUGCAUGUUUCAGAGGUGUCCUGGAAAAUGUUAGUUCUUUUUUCUGAGUGGAGAAGAGGUAGACCUCUAAAAUGUUAGUUCCUUUUUCAGAAAAAAUUACAUUUUUCAGAAAAAGGAACAAACAUUUUUCCAGACACCUCUGAAACUUUUCACGUGCAUUGUUGUUUACUUAAAUGAGUGGUUUUAUUCUCAAAUGCAUCAGAGUGGAACACAUCAUCACUAAGACUGAACAUUUCCCUACGUUUAGCUAAAUGUCUAUUCAUCUAGCCAUAGUAUUGAUAGAAACUCAGCAAAAAAAGAAACGUCCCUUUUUCAGGACCCUGUCUUUCAAAGAUAAUUCGUAAAAAUCCAAAUAACUUCACAGAUCUUCAUUGUAAAGGGUUUAAACACUGUUUCCCAUGCUUGUUCAAUGAACCAUAAACAAUUAAUGAACUUGCACCUGUGGAACGGUCGUUAAGACACUAACAGCUUACAGACGGUAGGCAAUUAAGGUCACAGUUAUGAAAACUUAGGACACUAAAGAGGCCUUUCUACUGACUCUGAAAAACACCAAAAGAAAGAUGCCCAGGGUCCUUGCUCAUCUGCGUGAAUGUGCCUUAGGCAUGCUGCAAGGAGGCAUGAGGACUGCAGAUGUGGACAGGACAAUAAAUUGCAAUGUCCGUACUGUGAGACGCCUAAGACAGCGCUACAGGGAAACAGGACGGACAGCUGAUCGUCCUCGCAGUGGCAGACCACGUGUAACAACACCUGCACAGGAUCGGUACAUCCUAACAUCACACCUGCGGGACAGGUACAGGAUGGCAACAACAACUGCCCGAGUUACACCAGGAACGCACAAUCACUCCGUCAGUGCUCAGACUGUCCGCAAUAGGUUGGGAGAGGCUGGACUGAGGACUUGUAGGCCUAUUGUAAGGCAGGUCCUCACCAGACAUCACCGGCAACAACGUCGCCUACGGGCACAAACCCACCGUCGCUGGACAGACAGGACUGGCAAAAAGUGCUCUUCACUGACGAGUCACGGUUUUGUCUCACCAGGGGUGAUGGUCGGAUUCGCGUUUAUCAUAGAAGGAUUGAGCAUUACACCGAGGCCUGUACUCUGGAGCGGGAUCGAUUUGGAGGUGGAGGGUCCGUCAUGGUCUGGGGCGGUGUGUCACAGCAUCAUCGGACUGAGCUUGGACCUGUUGAAUCGGAGGGUGAGGUCUAGGGCCAUUCCCCCCAGAAAUGUCAGGGAACUUGCAGGUGCCUUGGUGAAAGAGUGGGGUAACAUCUCACAGCAAGAACUGGCAAAUCUGGUGCAGUCCAUGAGGAGGAGAUGCACUGCAGUACUUAAUGCAGCUGGUGGCCACACCAGAUACUGACUGUUACUUUUGAUUUUGACCCCCCCUUUGUUCAGGGACACAUUAUUCAAUUUAUGUUAGUCACAUGUCUGUGGAACUUGUUCAGUUUAUGUCUCAGUUGUUGACUCUUGUUAUGUUCAUACAAAUAUACACACAAGUGUUAAGUUUGCAGAAAAUAAACGCAGUUGACAGUGAGAGGACGUUUCUUUUUUUGCGGAGUUUAUUUUCCACCAUUUAAUUUGCCUGGCUACCCAGAUAUCUUGCUCCAGCCAAAAUACGCACGUUCGUGUCUUACAUUUUAGUAGACGCUCUUAUCCAGAGUGCCUUACAGUAGUGAGUGCAUACAUUUUCAUACUGCUCCCCUGUGGGAAUCAAACCCACAAUACUGGCAAUUCAAGCGCCAUGCUCUACCAACUGAGCCACAUGGGACCGCACAUUCUUCUCCACGAUGAGUCUGGAUCUGAGUACCUCCUGACCCUUCACCAAAUGUGAACACAUUCUAACUGUUCUGAUUGGACCCAGAAACUGAUGGGUUGAGCCAGAAAACACGUGGGUAAAGCAGCGUUUAGAAAAUUCGUCAUUAGCUUUGAUACUCAGAUUUGUUAGAGAUGAUUCAAUCGCUGAUGAAUUUGUUUUGCACAACACCCUUCAUUUUGACGUCACUACAACUGACUUCAACAAUGGCAGUCUCAGACUGAAGUAUGUAGCAAACAGAGCAGCGGAAUAAUUCAGUUUGAGUCAUCAGGCAACCAGUUAAUGGCCACAUGGCCUCUUAAUCUCUACCUGGUACAGCCAGUAGAGUACUGGCCACCCAUCUGAGCCUGGUUCCUCUCUAGGUUUCUUCCUAGUUUCAUGUGUUCUAGGUAGUGUUUCCUGGCCACUGUGCUUCUGCAUUGCUUUCUCUUUGGGGUUUUAAGCUGGGUAUCUGUAAAGUUCUUUGUGACAAAUGCUGAUGUAAAAAAGGCUUUAUAAUAUUGAUUGAUUGAUAGUCAGACGCAUGGUAUUAGGAUGAGUAUAUUCACAAUCCCUCUCGGCCAGGGUGUGACACUCUACCCAUUGGGCACAAACUGGUUGAAUCAACGUUGUUUCAACGUAUAUUGUCAACGGAUUGUGAUGUGGAAUCUACGUGGAAAUACAUUGGAUUUGAAAAAAGUAAUCAACUGUUUUGAAGGUGACAUUUCAACCACAGGAUUAUGUCAUCAUGGUAAACAAACUUUCAACAGACUAACCUUGUAUAGAAUAUAUUGCAUUUUUACCUUUAAAACAACAUCUGAUCUAUAUCCACUAUCAGAAAAAAAUACCUUAGGCUGGGCAGCACCUCCUACUGCAGAAGUGAUCUAUCUACAGCUACCCUUUGGUCUCCCAUCCAGGGAUUUAACCAAGCCCUGUUUAGCUAUGAUAUUUGUCACUGACUAUUACCAAUGUACUAUCGUGAGAAUGAUUGCAGCGAGAUCUCCACUUAAAAACGAAAUAUAUUCAAUGUUGCUAUUGAAGUCAUUCUAAAGGGUAGGUUUAAAAGUGCAAAUGAAAUGUGACCAUACUUUAUCACUCAUAUCUGAUCAAUUCUGCUAAGGCCUGUAUGGCAUUUGCAAAGUCAUCAACAGCUAUUGUUUCAAUUCAACACAGAAUUGAACUAAACAUAGACAAUAGGCCUAGGGUUUCAAGCUCUGGUUGAUUUCAAAUGUAAUGAUAUUUAGUGAUAUCGAAUUGUGUUUGGUUGUCAAUGCAACCAAAUAUCAACUUUUGAAGGUUUCACACCCUGAUCUGUUUCAUCUGUCUUUGUGCUUGUCUCCAACCCCCUCCAGGUGUCGCCCAUCUUCCCCAUUAUCCCCAGUGUAUUUAUACCUGUAUUCUCUGUUUGUCUGUUGCCAGUUCAUUUUGUUUCGUCAAGCAUACCAGUGGUUUUCCCCUUUGCGCCUGUAUUUUUCAAGUUUCUGUUUUCUAGUUUUCCCGGUUUUGACCAUUCUGCCUGCCCUGACCCUGAGCCUGCCUGCCAUUCUAUACCUUGUCACACCAUCCUGGAUUAUUGACCUCUGCCUGCCCUGACCCUGAGACUGCCUGCUGUUCUGUACCUUUUGGACUCUGAUCUGGAUUACUGACCUCUGCCUGCCCUUGACCUGUCAUUUGCUUGCCCCCUGUUUUUGUAAUAAACUUUUGUUACUUCUCAAUCAAUGUCUCAACCAAGUAUUAUCCAAUUAUCCACGUUGUAAUGAUGUGGUGCCUAGUGGGUACUUUCAAUACUUCUUCUUUCUUGAACUUUAUUACUCAUUUUGUCACCUACUUCCCAUCGAUUAAGAGCGAUUAUGAAAACAAAGGCCUCCAUCUCCACCAAAAAUCUAAGUUAAAGAAUAGGACGAAAUCAAAUAAAACUUAAUUUAAAGCUGCAAUAUGUACAUUUUUGGGCGACCCGGCCAAGUUCACCUAGAAAUGUGAGUUAUAGAUCUGUCAUUCUUAUUGAAAGCAUGUCUAAAAAGCAGUAGAUAUGUUCUAUGUGCACUAUUUCUAUGCUUCCCGUUCUUAAGUUUAGUUUUUGCGUCUUUUACUUUCGAUUUUGUACACCAGCUUUAAACAGCUGAAAAUUCAAUAUUUUUGGUUACUGAAAAUAUAUUUCACAGCGGUUUAGAUGGUACAAUGAUUCUCUAUGCUAUACUUGCUUGUUUUGUCACAUAAUCUGAAAUUAGGCGAACUAUUAGAAUUUUAUCAACCAGGAAAUGGAGGAGCAACUUAUGCAUAGUGCAUUUAAAGUUUGAUUUGAUUUAGUCCUGUUCUUUAACUUUGAAUUUUGGUUGAGAUGGAGACGUGAAUACAACAUAUCAAAUUAUUAAUUUUUAGACAAACUGGAAUUAAAGCCAGACUUAGUCAGUGGCACAGAUGUAACUAUCCAAACAGAAUAUAUAUCUCCUUCAAAUAUUGAUAUUUAGUUGUGUAGACACAAUUCAAUGACACAAUUCAAUAUCACUUUUGGAAUACAAUAAAUAGCCUAUUAACUUGUCGACAUGUUAACAAUUGAUAGGUUGUAUUCAUAUCUCCAACUCAACCAAAAAUCAAAGUUAAGAAUGUGAUCAUGCCAGUGACUCAGAUGAACCUGUCCAAGCAGUAUUUACAUUUACAUUUUUAGUCAUUUAGCAGACGCUCUUAUCCAGGGCGACUUACAGUUAGUGAAUACAUCUUUUUUUAUACUGGCCCCCCGUGGGAAUCAAACCCGCAACCCUGGCGUUGCAAACACCAUGCUCUAUCAACUGAGCUACAUCCCUGCCGGCCAUUCCCUCCCCUACCCUGGAAGACGCUGGGCCAAUUGUGCGCCGCCCAUGAGUCUCCCGGUCACGGCCGGCUGCGACAGAGCCUGGAUUCGAACCAGGAUCUCUAGUGGCACAGUUAGCACUGCGAUGCAGUGCCUUAGACCACUGCGCCACUCAGGAGCUAGGCUACAUCUCCUUUAAAUGUUGAUAUUUGGUUGCGUUGUCAACCAAACACAAUUCAAUAUUACUUUUUUGAUACAGUAAAUAGCCUAAGGUUAAGGCUAUCUUACAAACAAAUGUAACAUUCAACCUUAAAAUGAGUAACACAUCCAUGGCCACAUUUUGAGGUUACUGUAACUAUACAUUACUUCUUAUGUAAUCAUACAAAGCAUGCAUGUAUGAGAUAGCAUGCAUAGGUUGAGGCAGGUCUGUGGAGAUCUUCACAAGGGCUGUAAUAAUCUGUGCAGAAUCUCAAAUGGCAUUGUCACGUUCGUUUACAGACUGGUGGAACCAAGGCGCAGCGUGAUAUGCAUACAUGUUUAUUUGAAACGAAUAAACAACGACAAAACAACAAACUAAACGAAACGUGAAGUCCAAGGUACACAAACAACAUACCUCACACGGAACAAGAUCCCACAACCCACUAGUGCCAAUAGGCUGCCUAAGUAUGGUCCCCAAUCAGAGACAACAAGCGACAGCUGCCUCUGAUUGGGAACCACACUGGCCAACAUAGAUCUAGACAUACUAGACUAUAAACAUAGAUCUACACCACAUAGAAAAUCACACCUUGACUCAACAAAUAAGAGUCCCCAGAGUCAGGGCGUGACAGUACCCCCCCCCCCCCCCCCAAAGAUGCGGACUCCGACCGCACAACCUUUACUUAACAGGGUAGGGGCCGUGUGGGCAUUCCGCCUCGGAGGCGGAUCCGGCUCCUGGCGCGACAACCACCUAUUCUCCGCCUCCCUGUUGCGCCCCUGGUCUGGUCUGGACCUCGGCGCGCUGCUUCCCCUCUCCUUCCUCCCACUAUACUCCAAGCCCUGUCUGGACCCUGGUGUGGGAGACCCCGAACCUGGAGAGGGGCUGACGUCUGGGUCUGGACUGGAGCCGCUGACCGGAGCUGGAUCAGGCACCGGUGGAGCGGACUGCUCUGGCUCCGGACUGGAGCUGCUGACUGGUGCCGGACCAGGCGCCGGUGGAACGGGCACGGACCAUGCCGGACUGGACACACGCACCACAGGUCUGGUGCGAGGAGCAGGCACGGGCCGGACCGGACUGGCGACGCGCACCACUGGCUUGGUUCAAGGAGAAGGAACAGGCCGGGCCGGGCUGGCGACGUGCACCACUGGCUUGGUGCGAGGAGCAGGAACAGGCCGGGCCGGGCUGGCGACGCGCACCACUGGCUUGGUGCGAGGAGCAGGAACAGGCCGGGCCGGGCUGGCGACGCGCACCACUGUCUUGGUGCGAGGAGCAGGAACAGGCCGGGCUGGCGACGCGCACCACUACCUUGGUGCGAGGAGCAGGAACAGGCCGGGCCGGGCUGGGAACACGCACCACUGGUUUGGUGCGAGGAGCAGGAACAGGCCGGGCCGGAUUGGCGACGCGCACCACUGGCUUGGUGCGAGGAGCAGGAACAGGCCGGGCCGGGCUGGUGACGCGCACCACUGACUUGGUGCGAGGAGCAGGAACAGGGCGGGCUGGGAACACGCCCCACUGGUUUGGUGCGGGGAGCAGGCACGGGCCGUACCGGACUGUGGAGGCGGACUGGAGGUCUGAAGCGGAGAGCUGGCACAACCCAUCCUGGCUGGAUGCCUACUUCCGCACAGUAUGUGGGAGGCAUUAGCACAGGAUGCACUGGGAUGUGCCAGCGCACUGGCAAUACAGUACGUAGAACCGGCGCAGGAUAUGCGGGACCGAGGAGGCGUACUGGAGACCAGGAGCGUUGAGCCGGCACAUCCCGUCCUGGCUGGAUGCCCAUCUUCGCACGGUACGUGCGUGGUGCUAGCACAGGACGUACAGGACUGUGCCGGCACACUGGCGACACAGUACGUAGCUCCGCAUAACACGGAGCCUGCCCAGUCACACGCUUCCUCGCGUGAGUACAGGGAGUUGGCUCUGCUCUAACACUAGGCUCCGCCAACCACCCUUUUAGCCCCCCCCAAAAAAAUUAUUCGGGCUGUUUCUCGGGCUUCUUCCUCGACCGGCGUCCUCUGUGUUGCCGUUGCUCCUCUCCUGCCUGGGCAUCUACCUUCGCUCAUGGCCCUUUCCCCGCAAAUAUCUCCUCCCACAACCACAACUUGCCCACCUGUGACAUGGCUACUCUCUCCGCCUGGGCACGCUGCUUGGUCCUCGUUUGGUGGGAUCUUCUGUCACGUUCGUUUACAGACUGGUGGAACCAAGGCGCAGCGUGAUAUGCAUACAUGUUUAUUUGAAACGAAUAAACAACGACAAAACAACAAACUAAACGAAACGUGAAGUCCAAGGUACACAAACAACAUACCUCACACGGAACAAGAUCCCACAACCCACUAGUGCCAAUAGGCUGCCUAAGUAUGGUCCCCAAUCAGAGACAACAAGCGACAGCUGCCUCUGAUUGGGAACCACACCGGCCAACAUAAAUCUAGACAUACUAGACUAUAAACAUAGAUCUACACCACAUAGAAAAUCACACCCUGACUCAACAAAUAAGAGUCCCCAGAGUCAGGGCGUGACAGGCAUUGAUCACAUUCAACAUGUACUUUUAAUGUAAUCUCAACUGCAAUCCAGGUAGUUUGGUUCUACUAUUAGAUUAAGCACAGUGAUAACACAAUCUAUUGUAUAAAUAAACAACAUAUCUGACAUUGUAUUCCCAUUUGAACUUUGCUGUACUUUUAAAUGAUUGAAAGCGCAGUGAUAGACAUUUGGCUGACAACUAAACCAAAAAUCUGCCAUUGUUUUUCCAUUGUAAUUUGGUUGUGCAUUUAGAUGGUUGAAAGCAUAGUGAUAACACAUUGGAAAUUCAGCUAACUUUUGCCUGUCUUUUUGAGUUGGUGAAUAUAGGUUGUAAUCUCAUUAAUCAAUGUCUCAACCAAGUAUGACCCAAUUAUCCACAUUGAAAUGAUGUGGUGUUCCUAGUAGGUACUUUCAAUACUUCUUCUUUCUUGAUCUUUAUUACUCAUUUUGUCACCUACUUCCCAUCGAUUUUGCCCUUCCCUAUCACGUUCUAUCCCUGAAAAACUCAAAACCUUAAGCUAAGUGACAAAAUCAGAACAGAGACCUGAAAGAAGAGGUACAUUGGAUGCAAAUGUUCAGUUGAAUUAUAGGUGAGCUCUUGCACAGCACCUUUUAAAUUAUUAACUUGGGAAAACAUAAUUGAUAGAGUGAUACUAUUUUCAAAUAUUUGUUUAACUUUGAAGAGGAUUUGACACCCCUCUGUUUCAUGACAGUAAUAACUAAGGGCCAACAUUAUCAACAUUGGAGGUGCUAAUGUUUGAAUUUCAAUUCGGUUAAUGUAGCCUCAUGGUAUAUAAACAGCAAGACUAUUGCCAUUAAUUAUGACUGGUUAUAAGAAUGACCUCACUGAGAACCCUUAGUGCAAUGCUCAGUUAAGUUAAAACAUAAAGUUAGAAAAUGUUGUGUUUUACAAUGAGUGACAUUGUGUAUCAAACUAUUUCUCCCCUAGUGAAAACAUGAAUUUCUCAGAGGAGUACUUGGAUGAUUAUUAUGACAUGUUCAUUCAAACUGAUCAUUCAGAGCAGGUAAAUCAGUCCAUACGGGUGGUGUCCAUGGUCCUCUACAGCAUAACCUGUGUCCUCGGUAUCCCAGGCAACGUCUUAGUCAUCUGGAUAGCUGGAGUGAAGAUGAAGAGGACAGUUAAAACCGUCUGGUUUGUAAACCUGGCUGUAGCAGACCUCCUCUGCUGUAUCUCCAUACCCUUCUCAUUGGCUGAAAUCAUACUGAACCAACACUGGCCAUUCGGAGAGGCUAUGUGUAAGGUUAUCCCCUCUGUCAUGUACCUCAACAUGUUUGCCAGCAUCUUCACCCUGGUUCUCAUCAGCCUGGACCGCUUUGUCCUGAUCAUCCUGCCUGUCUGGUCCAAGAACCACCGGAGCAUCAAGCUGGCCUGGUUGCUGUGUGGUCUGGCCUGGGACCUGGCCCUGCUCCUCAGCCUCCCCACCAUGAUCCAUAAUGGGACCAUCGAUGUUAGUGACGACAACGAAGAAAUUAUGUGCACCUCUAUAUACCCCCUUGGCGAAAACAAAAUUAGGGGCAUCUUUUUGGCCAUCAAAGCCACCCAUGUCCCCAGGCUGGUCCUUGGCUUCCUCGUUCCCCUGUUGGUUAUCGCUGUCUGCUACCUGCUCAUCGGCAGGAGGGUGAGCAGCGGUCGCUUCAAGUCUCAGAGGACCUUCUGGAUCAUUCUGGCUGUGGUGGCAGCAUUCUUUGUGUGCUGGCUGCCGUAUCACAUCAUAGGUAUGGUGAUUGGGUAUGGUAGGUUUGCCUCGGCAGGUGAAGCCUGGAAUUGGUACCCUGUGGUCAUCUCUCUGGCCUAUGUCAACAGCUGCCUCAAUCCUAUCCUGUACGUGUUCAUGGGCCAGGACUUCAAGGAGAGGGUCAGGAUCUCUUUCCGUAAAGUAUUUGAGAAUGUCUUCAGUGAGGAUGCCACAACACACACAUCUGUGUCUCAGGUCUGA